CAACACCAGACGACGAAUGACGCACCACGCUGCCGCGUUUGUUUGUGGUCUUAGCAAAGAAGACGCUCGGAAAGGAUCAAGGAAACCUCUAGCGUCGUAGAUAAACACCCCUGAAGAGGUGUGAAGCCAGCGGGUGCAGUUGUCACGAUACCGAGAGAACAUUAAAACGAGACCCCGAUUGAAGCCUCCGGACAGCGAGGGUCAACAUGUCUGAGACAUACGGUAAGAAACUAGUUAGGAGGGGUUCGCGUGAAUGACACCUCGGUCCUUCGAUGGCGGAGUGCCUCGCUUCCUUAAACGGCACGAGCGAACAGAUGGUGAUACGUUUCCCAGACUUCCUGUUUAAGUUCCUGGUGAUUGGCAGCGCUGGGACGGGGAAAUCCUGCCUCCUCCACCAAUUCAUUGAGAGCAAGUUUAAACAGGACUCCAACCACACCAUCGGCGUGGAGUUUGGAUCCAGAGUUGUCAAUGUUGGUGGAAAGACAGUCAAACUGCAGAUCUGGGACACUGCUGGGCAGGAGCGAUUCCGUUCUGUUACACGCAGCUACUACAGAGGAGCAGCUGGAGCGCUCCUCGUUUAUGAUAUUACCAGUCGGGAGACAUACAAUGCCCUAACCAACUGGCUGACAGAUGCACGGACUCUGGCGAGCCCCAACAUAGUUAUUAUUCUGUGCGGCAACAAGAAAGACCUGGAUGCAGACAGAGAAGUGACUUUCCUGGAAGCGUCGCGCUUUGCUCAGGAGAACGAGCUCAUGUUCCUGGAGACCAGUGCUCUGACAGGAGAGAAUGUCGAGGAGGGUUUCCUGAAGUGCGCUCGCACCAUCCUCAGCAAGAUAGAUUCAGGAGAGUUGGACCCGGAGAGGAUGGGUUCAGGUAUCCAGUAUGGAGAUGCUUCAUUGAGGCAGCUGCGACAGCCAAGAGGCACCACCACACAGAAUAAGCAGCAGUGUAAUUGCUAGGGAUCGGGGCCCCACCCUCACCUCCGCCCACAGGCCCAAACAGACAGGACGCCCCCUACAGCCCCAGGUGUUUUUUGGUGUGCGGGGCCGCUUCUCUCUGCAGUCUCACACACCUUGGAUCACCUGGAUGAGUGGUCAUGGAGAUCACUGCAACCCCGGACCUCUGACCUCUGGUACUUUGCCCCUGUGUCUGGGCAGGGAAACUCCUCAGUGUGAAGACGCUGGGAUCAUAGCUUAGUCUCAGUGACUUACCAGACCAAGCAGAGUCACGGGUUGUGUGUAUGGGCUCCCCUACUGUUGUUUUAUCUCCGUGCUUUCAUUUUGGUUUUACUAUCACCGACAUGCUUUCUACGUUUGCACGUCAUUGUUUGUAAAUUAUUAUUGGUAAUCUAUUGUAUGCGUAUUCAUUGUUCAACCGAUCUAAAUAGGAUUCAAGCCAAGUUUGGUCAUCGCUUUUGAAUUGUAGUAUUCAUAAAGGCACUUGUUUGUUUUUUUAUUAUCCUUUAUUUGAGUUGGCUGUACUUUACAUAAAUUCCUACAUUGAUGGUGACGAAGCGAUUAACAAUUUGUAUAGGUCAAAUGAAGUCGACCUGUUCACAUUUUGGUUAAGUAUUCAUCUAGAAUAUAUUGAAAACCAGACGCAAUGUAAAUCUUUGUCACAGUUUCUUCAAUUUCAGCUGAUUGGUGAGUUAAUGCGUAGUUCAGAUUUAUUUUAAAUCAUUCAGGCCCAAAUGUAGAGCCCAGUUCUUUUACACUCUAAAAUGUGUUGCGUUAAGGCAUUUGACUAAUUGGUUUCCAUUACAAUGCACUAUUAUAACAAAGUGUUAUUCCUCAUCACAAUGUCUCUAAACUGUCUGAGGGAAUAGUCCAGUCACGCCAUUCUACAUCCACAUAGACAAGCACAAAACAGAGAUGUAUCUCUUUAUUUUACUCCAAAGUUCCCAAAGUCCGCACAUUUGCAUAAUCAGAUUCAAAGUUUCAUCAUUAUUUGCAAAAGUGAAAAAUGUAUUUGACUGCUCAUGCUGGGCUGGUUUUCCUUUUUUUUUGUGUGUGUGUGUGUGUUGACCUCCCUUUUAAUUUACAUUCUGCGCCACGGGCGUCACAGGAAACCACCGCUGGUUUUGCCUCUGUGCCAUGUUCGGGAAACGUCCUCCCACUCAGUUCUCAAAGAGGCUUGCCACUGAUAUCAGGCAAGGUUGUAAGUGCGCCUCGAUGAAUGUUGUUGUUAUUCUUCCAAGUAGUUUUCACUUCUUUGUCAAGCAAAGACGCAGCUCUGCUCCAGACUGUCAUUGAGCUUUCCGAGUCAACCCAGAUGCUUUGUCCUUAGAACAUAGCCCGUCUCGCCCCGGAGAGACACGGGGAGUUUCCACUGUAACGUGGUUUCCUUUUCGAUGCAGCACUGACGACAUGGUUUGCGGUGCUGGCGGAGGAGAAAGAGGUUGCGAGUUAACAACGUAAACACAUCCUGCCCCGCUGUGGAGUCACAGGCUCCGCUGCUGUCUGAACCACUGAGAGCGGGGCGUACUGACCCGGCCGAGAGGAGGUCAAAACAAAAGGCCUGCCAAUCUGAUUUCACAUGUCUUCACAAGUGUGAGCAUAUGUCCUCCCAUGCUCAAGUGAGCCAGCACACUGAAGGGGAAAAGACCUUAGUUGUGUGAACAUGAGAUGGAUAGUAAAGGAUAUCAACAGACAGAUGGUCAACGAUUUUUUUUCUCUCCAUAAAGCACUGGCAUUGUGAUAGUUUGUCGCCUUCUGCAAGUGCACUUUUGAAUGUUUUGAUGUUUUGUUUAUAUGCGGCAACUAUAAAAUUGUACAUUUCAUUUUACUUGAACAGUAUACUGUAAUAAAGAUUUUAAUUGUA